AUGGCUGCCGCUCUCCGCGCUUGUUAUAAACCGAAUUCCAUCAUGCCUGGCCGAAAGCGCAAAUCCGCACCGGCAGCCGAAGAGCCUUCCGCAGCUGCCGACGCGCCCGCCACUCGUCGUCGAUCACUACGCGUCAGCUCGACAGGACAAAAGAGCAAGUAUUUUGAGGCGGGGUCGGAAUCUGAUGCCGACCAGGAUGGGAACACCCUAGGAAACGGGCGUGGAAAGGGUAGGCUCUCCAAGAAAGUUAGGGUUGAGGUCGAAUCCGACGGGAACGAAGACGACUACAAGGAGGAAGAGGACGACGACGAUGAUGAGGACGGAACAGCCGGGACAUCCGGGGCAGUAAACCGGGAUGCCGAGGAAAGCGACGAAGAGUUUGAUGAAGAUGCCCCACCAAAAGUAACCUUCAUCCCGCACAUCAAACUGCGCGACACCAACGGCAUCGAGUACGAGGACCACACAGUGCACCCCAACACACUCGCCUUUCCUCCGCGACCUUAA